CAGGGAACAUCCAUUGUCCGUUGAACCGUUGAGCAGUGCACAUUGUCCAGACUCAGCCUCAGAUUCUUUCGGAAAAUUUCUAUUUUGAUUUUAACUAUUCACAUCUUUUAGUAAUUGAAGUCUUCCACACGUGAUUUACAAAACGAAAUCCAAUAUUCAAAUUUAAGAAAAAAAAACAACAAAAAUCAAAAUUUAAAUCAUCUACAUUUUAACUUAAAGCACCCUGUGAAAAGAAAAAAAAAACCAAUUUGAAGCCCAGCCUAAAAACAGUGAAGUAAAACGACAAACUGUGUCAGUUUGUUGAAAGUGCAAGAACAAACAAAAAUCGUGAAGCCUUCGGCGGUGGCGGCGCAUGAAUUUUAAACCCAAAUCCAUCGUACUAGUGAAGUGCAGUUCGGACGGAAUUUUUCGAUAGGAUUAAAUGAAAAUAAAUUACACUUAAAUAUCGACUGAGGGAAAAGAAGAUCCCUCAAGACGGGCGUAAAUAUUUGGAAAAUUUUGCCAAGGAAAAAGAACACGAAGCAAUUCUAUCUUUUUGCUGCAAGAGCCUCGGUUCUUCUGCUGAACAAGCAAAAAAGUAUAACGCGGAAGGAAAUUUCAUAUUCGUUAUCGGAUGAUAAAGUGAAACUGAAGCAGUGCUUACCUGAAAAUUGGUCAAACUAAAGAUCUGUAGAGAUAAUAAUUAUGAACUAAGUGAUUCAACGAACUUAAUCUGGGAUUGUGAUAUACUAUUAAGGAUAUAAUAUUAAGCUCUCUAUCUACCCAGGGGUGUUCAUCAAACAAAAUGGCCAACAACAUAUCGGACAGCAUACCGUUCUAUGACGUGUUUGGCUACUACGAAUGGACCCUCACACUGGCCGAUCCCCGAACGAAAGGAUGGCCCCUGGUGGACUCCCCGGUUCCGACCUUCCUCUGCGUUUGCGCCUACCUGUUCAUCGUCUGGAUCGGACCCAAACUCAUGAGGGAUCGAAAACCCUUCGAUCUCAAUGCUAUUCUGAUACCUUACAAUCUAGUGAUGGCACUGCUCAAUCUGUACAUAUGCCUUCAGCUCUUCAUUGGUUCUACGCUGUUGAGGUACAGCUAUAUUUGCGAACCCUGCAGACAAAACUUUAGCGCUUCGGAAAUGAGGAUCGUCAGCGCCGUCUGGUGGUACUACUUCUCCAAGGUGCUGGAAUUUACCGAUACCUUCUUCUUCAUCCUGCGCAAGAAGGACAACCAGUUGACGUUCCUGCACGUGUACCAUCACAGUACGAUGUUUUCGUUCUGGUGGAUCGGCGUCAAGUGGGUCCCGAGUGGAAGCACAUUCUUACCGGCAAUGGUCAACUCCUUUAUCCAUGUAUUGAUGUACACUUACUACGGAUUGUCUGCAGUCGGACCACAUAUGAACAAGUAUCUCUGGUGGAAGAAAUAUCUUACGAUCCUCCAACUGAUUCAAUUCUCCGUGGCCAUGAUGCUCGGAAUAAACGGCAUUGUAACGGGAUGUGAGUUUCCGCUGUGGAUGCACUACACCCUCAUUGGCUACAUGAUAUCGUUCAUCCUGCUGUUCGGUAACUUCUACGCCCAAGCCUAUCUAAGAGGGGAACCCAUCAAGGAGCUGGAAAUCAACGCAAACUGUCUGGACCUGCGAACACGCAACAAAUCCGAUUAAAAGCCGUCAGAACUGUAUGGUUGACGAACAUAAAAAUGAUGCUAACAUUGGGAUAACGCACCACUCCUCUAAAUUGGUAUCAUCAUGCUAUCCUGAAGAAAAAACCAACUGCUGAAAAGGAAUGAACCGGAUUCCAGAACACCAUUGAAAUGCAUUAUGCAACGAAACGCACACGCGAAUUUGUAUUAUAGAACCACCUUUAAAAUGAUGAUAGGAUAUAUUUUAGCAUUAUUUUCUGUUAUUUUUAAAGAAGAGUUUUUUUUGUGUUUAAAUAAAGGUUUUAAUAUUGUUGAAGGAAGGUUAACGAAAACCGGAGGAAUGUAAAAAAACGAUACUGAUUGGUAACUUAAAA